AUGCGACGGACGGCUGAACCCCCCAGGGGAGCUUCCUACAGCUCGAGGGCUGCUGCACCCUCCGCGACGAAACCCAGCGAGCAGCUUGGGAAGCAAACAUCCGUCACGCAAAGGCCUAGGCCUAGCCGGUCGGAACUGGCAAGCUACCUGCAAGGUCUGAAGGACCUGCAGAGGUCAGCCUCGGGGCCAGGCCACCACAAGAGCCGCGACUUCACUGUGCGCUUCUUCGAACAGGACGAGCACAAGCAGCGCGAGCUGAAGGACGAUGAAGCUUUCCAGGGUUCUUUGCGCGAGCUGGACGGAUCCGAUUUCAAAGACGCGCUCCGCGACAUCCAGGCGAGCUUGGGUUCCAGGGAAGAACAGGAUGCGUUCCAAGCCGUGCUGCGCGAGGUUGGCGGCGACAUGAACAACGUCAGCUCAGCGAGGGACAUGGAGAAGAUGAUGCAAAGGUUCGAGUCGUACACCAAGUCGAUCGAUGCCGAGAUCGAGACUGCUGGCUCCAGCUUGCCUCGAGACGUCUUGCGCGAGCUGCGGAGGGACUUGCGAGACCUGCCGCUGUCCGACGACGGAUUGCGGCCGCGCCAUCCCGCGCCGCAGAUUCCCGCCGCCCCCUGGACGCUGAAUCAGCGCAAGAAAAUCUCCGUGUUGAAUCUCGAGCUGGCGCGAGCCUUUAGAAACCAUGGCCGCCGCGAUGCUGGCUUCUCCAAGAAGACUGUGUCGGCGGUAUUCAGGGCGUACCAUGCGGCAAGGUUCGCCCUGGUUCGCAACUCGGACGUCAUCCCACUCAACGUGUGGGAGCUCCUGUGGAACGUCUUGUCCGCCGAUGAGUCCGUCAAUGUGAACCGUCUCGCCCACCUCUCCCUGCUCUCGAGGGACAUGAGUGCGGCUCGAGUCACGCUCAGCCCGUCCCAGCAACUGCUCACCAUCGAAGCCAUGUUUGUCGAAGGGUGGCAAGCCAAAGCGGUCGAAAGCUGGAAGCGAUGCCUGAGCACUCUCGGCGACGACAAGUCCGGAACCUUCCAGGAUUACUGGGAGCUCGGGGCGCGAAUAUUCUGCCGGACGGGUGACAUGGACCAGGCUGAGCGAGCAGUCGACAGGCUCUUGAGCAAGGGCACGGAUCCACGGAUCCUGAUGCCCGUGAUCCGGACCUUUUCGGCGCAAGGCACGCCGGAAAGCCAAGAGCGCGCGUGUGACGCCUACCGGAGAAUGCGAAGCUUGCUCGGAAAGAAGAUGAAGCUCUCGGACUACGACCAGGUCGUGGCGUACUUCCUGACAAGCCACCAGAUGGAGAAUGCCCUGUGCGCGUUUGUCGACAUGAUGACUGACGGCAAGGUCGACCUGAAGAAGCAAAAGUACAUGCCGUCCGUCAUUGCCAACAAGUUCUUCCUGGGCAAGUGGCUGAAGCGGCUCAUCGGCGCCGGCGACCUGGACGGGGCGUACAGCGUGGUCGAGUACAUGCGCGCAAGGGGUGUGCACGCAUCCCCCAUCCACCUCAACGGGCUCAUUGGCGCGUGGCUGCGAUCCGGGGGAGCGGACGACCUGGCGCGGGCGGACACGCUGGCCUGGUCCAUGAUCGCGUCGCGGAUACGCUUCGUCGGGUCGAGGGCGUCCCCCCCGGCGCCCGCCGCCGGCGGCUCGGGCGGCUCGAGCGGCUCGAGCGGCGACGCGCCGUGGCCCCCGGCAACGCUGGAGACCUUUUCCCUCCUGGCCGAGAACUACCAGCUCCGGCAUCGCCCCGCCCGCCUGGAGGCGCUCUGGGACGCCUGCCACGACGCCGGGAUCAGCCCCAACGCGUUCAUGAUGAACCAGCUCAUGGAGUCGUCCCUGCAGGCCGGGCGGCCCGAGGAGGCUCUCUCCCUGUACCGCGCCCUCGUGGCGGAGCGAGGCGUGGCCCCCGACCCGUACACCUUCAGCGUGCUGUGGAAGACGCUCGCCAUCAACCGCCUGCACGUCAUCCCCCCCGAGUCCUCGGCCGCGGAAACCGACGCGGCGCGCGAGCUGUUCCGCGAGACCGUCGCCUUCGCGCCCGUCUUCGAGCCCCACGGCAUGGACGGCCAGCUCGGCCGCAAGAUCCUCCACACCUUCCGCCGCCUGCAGGACCCCGCCGGCUUCCUGGUCGCGCUCACCGCUCUCCGGCGCGUCUUGCGCUUCUCCCCGCCCGAGAUGCUCGUCCUGGAGCUCGUCCUCGGCACGACCAAGCUGUCGUGCGACAGCCCCGCCCAGAGGAGGCGUCUCAUCGUGGCCAAGCGCACCCUGGACGGGGAACUGUCGGCCCGCUGCGGGGGCGGCGCGGAGGACCUGGACGGCCACAAGAGGCAAGACGCCUUGUACGAGUAUCUGCAGGACAGGUACCGGCCGCGAGGGGAGCUCGAAAAGACACACGAGGCCGUGUUGAUGCAGGUGGCGAAGCAGAUGGGCGUUGGCGAGAUAGUAGCGCGGGAGCAAGAGGGCAAGAGGGCCGUGUGUUGA